AUGGUUUGGUUGCCGUUCAUCAUGGUGGGAUCACUGAAGGACAACAUCAUCUUCGGCCGUCUAUUCCAAGCACAGCUCUACAAUCAGGUCCUAGACGCCUGUGCCCUGCGCCAGGACAUCGCCAGCUGGCCCCACCGCGACCGCACAGAGAUCGGCGAGCGCGGGGUGAACCUGAGCGGCGGGCAGCGGGCCCGAGUGGGGCUGGCACGGGCCGCAUACGCCACGGAUGCCGCGCUGGUGCUGCUGGACGACACGCUCUCCGCUGUGGACCCAGCUGUUGGGAGGCACCUCUUUGAGCGGUGCAUUCAGGGGUUACAUGUGUGCAUGCAUACUUGUGGCCGUGUGUUGGCUGCAAUCAACAAACCCCUUUCCCUUUCUGCUCUCCCCUUCAACCCCCCAACCGCCUUCUCCGUCUGCCCCCCCCCCCCCCAACCCCCUCUCACUUCUGCUCUCCUCCCAAUCCCCCCACCCCUUCCCACUUCUGCUCUCUUCCCAAUUCCCCCACCCCUUCCCAAUUCUGCUUUCCUCCUAAUCCCCCCACCCCUUCCCACUUCUGCUCUCCUCCCAAUCCCCAACCCCCUCCCACUUCCGCUCUCCUCCCAAAUCUUCCAACCCCCUGUGCUCUCCACCCAACCCUUUCCGCCGCCCUCCUCCCCCAGCUGUGACCGAGUGUUAGUGUUAGAUGGUGGAAAGCCGGUGGCCUUGGGUCCCUACGCUGCAUUGGCAGCACAGAUGGACUUCCAGGGGCUUCUGGGGGGUGAUGAGACCGAGGAGUGUGAGGCGGAGGGGGAGGUAGAGGGAGAGGAGGAGAGGACUGUUGGUGGAGCGGAACUGGAGAGGACAUGGAACGGCGAGGAGCAGGAGGAGGGGGAGGAGGAGGAGGAGGAGGAGGAGGAGGAGGAGGAGGAGGAGGAGGAGGAGGAGGAGGAGGAGGAGGAGGAGGAGGGGAUAAGGAACGAACGGGGGAAAUAG